GCGGAUCGGAAUCAACUUCUACUUCCUGCUUCACAAACACACCAACUCCGCUCUGCGUGACUCAACCACCUUCUUGCGGGUUUCACGCACUUUUCUCAGGUUCCAAGUCCCGCAAAGUCCGACUCGAUUCGGUUCCGUCCGGCUCCCUCCUCUUGGGCCGAACCGCUACUGGACGGUUGGGUCCAGUUAACGGGUUGGGCGGGUUUAAUUAGAGAAGUAAUAGUGCAAUGGUUCUGUUUUGGGAUCGUUAAUCAGCGGGACACUUUGGAGGAGUUCCCGGACCACCCAGACCGAACCGGACCGGCUCGGUGCUGUAGAUUUACGGCCGGACCGGAACCCUGAAGUGGGUCGUUGAUCAGCAGCUGCCCGAAUCGGAGCUGCUCCCCUCCCAAUCCCGGGCACAAGGACUCUGACACCCCGGUCCAGAUCCUGGUUCUGUACCGUUUCCAGGUUCGGAACAGUCCCGAAAGGCUCGUCCGGACCGGAUCCAACUGUCCCGACGCCCUCCGACCUGCACGUCAUGGCAUCCUUCAUCCUCCUCUUCCUCCUGGCCGUGACGGGCGGAGCCGUCAGCCAAUCCAACGACUCGACAGAACCGAUGUGCUACGACUGGGGCGAGUCCAGCCAGGCGGCGGUUCUGGUUCUGGACGGCGAGGCCGGCUGGGUCUCCUGCCCGCUCUUCUCUCACCCGGCCGUCUACAACUACACGACGGCCCAGAGCGCCGGGCACGACCUGGUCUGGUACCGCCUGCUGGACGGCCACGACCUGGAGCAGCCCAUCCCCUACAGCUCGCGGGUCAGCAGAGAGCGGGAACGGCUCUGGCUGCAGCCGGCCGUCGCUAACGACACGGGGCAGUACAUCUGCAUGCUGCGCAACAAGUCGUCCUGCAGCAGGAUCGCCGUGCGUCUCCAGGUGCUGCUGCGAGACCAGGCGGUCCGAUCCGCCGGAUGCCCGCAGGUUGCCAUGGCAGCGACUGAGGCGCUGAUCGGCUUCCAGCAGGGGAAGACGCUGACCUGUCCGAACCUGCAGGACGCCUCCAAGAUGGCCGACAGCGACCCGACGGUCAACUGGACCUACGUGAACCAAGACAUGUCGAGGUGUGAUCCGUACCCGUUCUGGGACAAUCACCGGGAGCAGGUCAGAACCGAUCUCCAGAUCCACAACAUGCUGAUCCCCUAUGAGGGCCUGUACUUCUGCACGGUCUGGUACCGGCGGAGAGGCGGGUCGCUGAGCUUCACCAGGAGCAUCAAAGUCUCAGGGAUCUCAGAUCCCACCACCUUGCCCAAAGACCCGAACAUCCUCCACCCGACCAACGGCAAGGUCUUCCCGGUCAGAACCAACUCAGACGUCCACCUGACCUGCAGAGGCCAGCUUCCUUUCAUCAUCGACAAACCUGAACGGGAGAUUUGGUGGACGGUUGACGGAAAGAGGGUGGAGCAGCUGAACGACGGCCGCUUCAGCCAAACCAACAGCACAACAGAUGACCACCGCGACCUGACAGCGGUGACCAUCCUGAAGAUCACAGACGUCCAAUCUGAAGAUCUGCAGCGAAACUUCACCUGCUCAGUGAAAAACGCGCGCGGCUCCAUGGCCCGCUGGGUCCAGCUGGAGGAAGAGGUGUCGCUGCCCUCCGUGGAGCUGGGCUGCGGCCUCGGCGUCACUCUGGUGCUCAUGCUGCUGCUCUUUGUGGUUUAUCACGUCUUCUGGCUGGAGCUGCUGCUGCUGUACCGCUCCUGGUUCGGCACCGACGAGCGGCACACAGACGAUAAGGAGUUUGACGUCUACAUCUCGUACGCGCGGAACAGCGAGGAGGAGCAGUUCGUCCUGUCGACGCUGCGCGGCGUCCUGGAGAACGAGCUCGGCUACUCCGUCUGCAUCUUCGACCGGGACAGUCUGCCCGGAGGGACCAUCACAGACGAGACACUGAGCUUCGUGGCUCGCAGCCGGCGCCUCCUGGUGGUGGUCAGCCCCGGAUACGCCUCGCGGGGCUCGCAGGCGCUGCUGGAGCUGAAGGCCGGCAUCGACAGCAUGGCGCUGGGCGGCCACCUGCGGGUCAUCCUGGUCCAGUACCGGCCCGUCCAGAGGCAGAGCCUGGUCCGGGAGCUGCGGCGGGCCCGCGUGGCGCUGGCGCUGGUCCGCUGGAAGGGGGACAAGUCCAAGGAGCUGACGUCCCGCUUCUGGAAGCAGCUGAGGGUGGAGCUUCCUGUGAGGAGAGCCGGCAGGGAGCAGCAGGAGGGGAGCAGCAAGGAGGCGGCGCUGAUGAGGCUCAUCAGCCAGAACAGCACCAACUCCCAGACCGGCCUCAUCAGCAACAUCACCAAAACGCCUCAGAACAUCCCCAACUCCGCAGCCUGACCCGGACGGCUCCAAACCAACUGGAGGAGCACAAACCAGUCAAACCAGUCCAACCGCUCCAGAGUCAGACUGUCAGACCCGCUCAGAGGAGCAAGUUCUGCUCUGGUACCCGCUGAUUAUUUGGUCCUGGAAGAGAGAACCAAUCAGGAUGCGCUAACAGAGGCGACAGAAGAUUGGAUUCAUCCAUGGAGAGCCAAAGAAGGUCAAAGGUCAACCAUUUUCUGCUGAACCUGAGCCAAGAGUUGGGUUCAAA